CCGACACGGAGCUGAGAGACAAUGAGUGAGGAGUUUAUAUCUGAAAAGUUUGAUCUUGCAUUGCUCAUCGAAGAAAACUCCAAAGUCUCAGUUUAUCAGAGGAAAUUAAAGGAUCUACAAAACCAGUACCACAGCGUAAGGAAGACACGGGCAGAUGGGAGCUGUUUUUACAGAGGACUUUGCUUUGCUUACCUGGAAUUUCUACUGGGCAAACAGCAAGAAAUUCUUAGAUUUAAACAUCUUGUGGUCCAGAGUAAGAGUGAAGUGGUAAUGGCUGGAUUUCAAGAACACUUGUUUAAGCACCACUAUGAAACUUUUCUUAGCAUUGUAGAGAUGGCGGAACUUGAUGGGUCUAUUUCCAGCCUUCUGACAGCCUUCAACCAGCAGUGCUCCUCAGACAGUGUGGUGCAGUACGUGAGACUUGUAGCUUCUGCCUAUCUUAGGAACCGUGCCGAAUUCUACCAGCACUUUAUUAGAGAAGGAAUGACUGUUGUGGAUUUCUGUGCACAGAAUGUGGAACAAAUGGCUAUGGAGUGUGACCAUAUUCAGAUUAUUGCCCUAACUCAAGCUCUUGAAAUUCCUCUACAAGUGGAAUAUGUGGAUAAAACAGAAAAUGUGAUUAACCACCAUAUUUUUCCUGAGGGAUGCAGCCCCUCUGUUUUCAUGCUGUUUCUGGAACAUCACUUCAAUAUCCUGUACAGAGAAGAGGUACAAAAAGCAAAGAAUAUGGACAGUUCAAAAUUUAUAGUGAAAUUAAAUUAGUUCUUCCCAAUCAACUGAAAUAUUUUCUACCAAGUUGAUACAUGGAGUGUAUGUAAUUUUAAAAAAUAAACUUUUUUAUUUAACAUAA